GAAAAGAAAUAAAAGAGGGAGACGGGGAAGAGAGGAGAAGCGAUACAAACGCGCGUGAACGAGUGUGAUGCGGAGUGAGAGUAGAGAGUGGUGUUUGUUUGUUUGUUUGUUUGUAUGUUUGGGUUUGUGAUUUCAUAAUUUCAUCAUCUCGGGGGUGUAUUUUCGUACCUCCUUCCUUCCAUUUUUUUUUUUUUCUUCACAGUAUUAUUAUAAUUCUUUUUUUUUCUUCCAUUUCAAAUUCAAUUCCAUUCUAUUCUAUUCAAAGACGUCUCUCUCUCUCUCUCUUUUUAUUUUUAUGGCUCCAGAAAUUCAAUUCAACAAUUAAUUAUAUUUACAAAGAAAUAAAAAUAGUCAGGAGAAGGAGGAGGAGCUUCAUAAUUCAUAAUUCAUCGUAUAAUUCGUUGCUAUCCAGAUCUCCAGGGGUUGGUCUGUGUAUGUGUGUGGAUUUGGGCAUUUGGAUCUUUGAAAAUUUCAUGCGUAAAGCGUUGCUGUUGAAUAGGAGGAAUUGAUAAGGGUGAAGGUGUAGAAGGAAAAAGCAUGAGAUCCGAAGGCGGUGAUAGAGAAAUCGACAAUGGGGAUAUUGAAGGUGGCGGAGACGACCAAUUUCAUGUUCCCAUGGGUCGCAAGUACCGCCCUGUUGUGGAUGACGAUCGCGCUGUCCUCGAGAUGUCCUCCAUGGAUCCUUCUGGAUCUUCCUCUUCCUCUUCCUCUCUUCCCGUUCACCAAGCUUCCCUCAAGAAAAUAAAAGUGAGCUCACAGCCAAAUAUGGGUUCCAAUGGAAAAGAGGGGUGCUCUCCUACUCAUGCACAAGCAAAUGGCCCCCAGAGCGAAUCCAAAUUGGAGUUGUUUGGUUUCGAUUCUCUUGUCAACAUUCUUGGACUUAAGAGUAUGACAGGGGAGCUAUUUGCACCACCUUCUAGUCCUAGAGAUGGUGAAGAUAUUUCUAUCACUCAUGGGAGACCUAUGACUGCUGAUGUCAAGUUGGGUACACUGAUGGGUGUAUUUGUUCCAUGCUUGCAAAACAUAUUGGGAAUUAUCUACUAUAUCCGAUUUUCUUGGAUUGUUGGUAUGGCUGGUGUGUGGGAGUCUCUACUGUUGGUUGCAUUUUGUGGCUUGUGUACUUUUCUGACUGGAAUAUCACUGAGUGCUAUUGCAACUAAUGGUGCCAUGAAGGGUGGGGGACCAUAUUAUCUAAUUGGUCGUGCUCUUGGCCCGGAAGUUGGAGUUAGCAUUGGACUUUGUUUUUUCCUUGGAAAUGCAGUUGCUGGAUCCCUUUACGUGUUGGGAGCUGUUGAAACAUUUUUGAAAGCCGUGCCAGCAGCUGGGAUUUUUAGAGAGACUAUCACGAAAGUUAAUGGGACAGCAGUUCCAGAACCAAUACAAAGCCCAAGUUCGCAUGACCUGCAAAUUUAUGGCAUUGUUGUGACUAUCAUCCUCUGCUUUAUUGUGUUUGGGGGUGUGAAAAUGAUUAAUCGGGUUGCACCUGCUUUCCUCAUACCUGUUUUAUUCUCGCUCUUCUGCAUAUAUGUGGGGAUUGCAUUUUCAGGGAAGGAUGAUCCUACAAAGGGAGUAACUGGCUUGAGUUUGGACUCUCUCAAAGAUAAUUGGGGUUCGGAUUAUCAGAAUACUAACAGUGCUGGAAUUCCUGAUCCUGAUGGAAAAGUAUCCUGGAAUUUCAAUGCAAUGGUUGGUCUCUUCUUCCCUGCUGUCACAGGAAUUAUGGCAGGUUCAAAUAGAUCAGCUUCUCUGAAAGACACUCAGCGUUCAAUUCCCAUCGGAACAUUAGCCGCAACUCUUACCACUACUGCAAUGUAUAUAGUUUCUGUCUUCUUAUUUGGUGCCGUUGCUACCAGAGAAAAGCUUAUGACUGACAGGCUACUCGCAGCUACUAUUGCUUGGCCUUUCCCGGCAAUUAUUUACAUUGGAAUUAUUCUUUCCACCUUAGGUGCUGCACUUCAAAGUCUGACUGGUGCCCCACGCCUUCUUGCAGCAAUUGCUAAUGAUGAUAUCUUACCUGUUCUUAACUACUUCAAGGUUGCUGAAGGGAAUGAGCCUCAUAUUGCUACCCUCUUUACUGCAGUUCUCUGCAUUGGGUGUGUCAUAAUUGGGAAUCUGGAUCUUAUCACACCGACUAUAACUAUGUUUUUCCUUCUCUGUUAUGCUGGUGUGAACUUAUCUUGCUUCCUUCUGGACCUUUUAGAUGCUCCCAGCUGGCGUCCUCGGUGGAAAUUUCACCAUUGGAGCCUUUCUCUUCUUGGAGCAUCUCUUUGUAUUGUGAUCAUGUUCUUGAUCUCUUGGUCAUUUACUGUGGUAUCUCUAGCCCUUGCAAGCCUAAUAUAUUACUAUGUGAGCAUUAAAGGAAAGGCUGGGGACUGGGGUGAUGGUUUCAAGAGUGCUUACUUCCAACUAGCUCUGCGCAGUCUUCGAUCACUUGGAGCUAGCCAAGUCCACCCAAAGAAUUGGUAUCCUAUCCCCUUGGUAUUUUGCCGUCCAUGGGGGAAGCUGCCAGAAAAUGUACCAUGUCAUCCAAAACUUGCUGACUUUGCCAACUGCAUGAAGAAAAAAGGUCGAGGAAUGUCCAUAUUUUUUUCUAUACUAGAUGGAGACUACCAUGAACAUGCUGAAGAUGCCAAGAACGCCUGCAAACAGCUUGCAACCUAUAUUGACUACAAGAAUUGUGAAGGUGUAGCUGAGAUAGUUGUCGCUCCCAAUAUGUCCGAAGGCUUCCGUGGCAUUGUGCAGACAAUGGGUCUUGGAAAUCUCAAGCCGAACAUUGUUGUGAUGCGGUACCCUGAAAUAUGGCGACGGGAAAACUUAACAGAAAUCCCUGCCACAUUUGUUGGAAUAAUUAACGAUUGCAUUGUUGCUAAUAAGGCUGUUGUUAUUGUCAAAGGUCUUGAUGAAUGGCCAAAUGAGUAUCAGAGGCAGUAUGGAACAAUUGAUUUGUAUUGGAUAGUGAGAGAUGGUGGUCUUAUGCUUCUGCUUUCUCAACUCCUCCUUAACAAAGAGAGCUUUGAAAGCUGUAAAAUUCAAGUAUUCUGCAUUGCAGAGGAAGAUGAUGAAGCAGAGGGGCUUAAGGCUGAUGUGAAGAAGUUUUUGUAUGAUCUUCGAUUGCAAGCUGAAGUGAUUGUCAUUACUAUGAAAUCAUGGAAUGCACAAGCGGAGGGUGGAUCUCAUCAAGAUGAAUCAUUAGAAGUGUUCACUGGUGCUCAGCAGCGUAUCGCCAAUUAUUUGGCCGAUAUGAAGGCAAAAGCUGAGAGCGAAGGGACUGCAUUGAUGGCUGAUGGGAAGCCUGUGAAUUUGAAUGAGCAGCAGGUGGAGAAGUUUCUUUACACAACACUGAAAUUGAAUUCGACAAUUUUAAGAUACUCAAGAAUGGCUGCAGUUGUGCUUGUGAGUCUACCCCCACCUCCGGUUGACCACCCAGCAUACUUCUAUAUGGAAUACAUGGAUUUGUUGGUGGACAAGGUGCCAAGGCUUUUGAUUGUACGAGGAUACCGAAAGGAUGUUGUAACUCUAUUCACGUAAUUGUUGGUGAAUCGCAACUUGGACCGUUAUCAUCAUGACAUUUUGCAGUUGCUCAAAUUUUACACAUAGGUCUUUGAUUUUGGGUCUUUCUUUUCUUCUUCUUCUUAUUCCUUUUUCUUUUUCCUCUAUUUUUAAUGUUGCAUUCAUUCUUUUUACCAUUUUUUUUUUCUUUGCUAAAGCAGCAUUUUGUUGGUAGCUUUACAGAAAUUUUGUUAUAUCUCCCUCAGGGGAUGUGUAUUUUUGAAUUACAAGUGUAUCAAAUAUAGAUCAGGAUUAAUUUCAAGCGUA